AUGACCACAAUUCUCUGCUUCAGCGCAGUUGGCAACUAUAUGCCGCCAAUGUUUAUAUUUCCAAGGAAGCGUAUGAAACCGGAGUUGCUUGAUGGGGCACCAGCUGGAUCUUGGGGAGAAUGUCACGAAUCUGGGUGGAUCCAGGGUCCCUUGUUUGUCCUCUGGCUAAAGAGAUUCAUUGAGUGGUCGCAUUCUACCAAAGAUAAUCCAGCACUUUUAUUGCUAGAUGGUCAUGCAGCACAUGUUAAAUCUGUGGAGGUCAUUGAUUUGGCUCGCGAAAAUGGUGUUAUUUUAUUGUGCUUUCCACCUCACUGCACACACCGACUCCAACCACUGGAUGUUGGGUUCAUGAGACCUAUAAGCACAUAUUAUUCCAGCGAAAUAAAGAAUUGGUUGCGGAGCCAUCCCGGACGUGUGGUGACACAAUUUCAGACAGCUGGCCUAUUCGGAAAAGCUUUUGUGUCUGCAGCAACAAUGACGACUGCUAUUAAUGCAUUUAGAACUACAGGUAUAUGGCCUAUCAACAAGGAUGUUUUCACUGACGUAGAUUUUGCACCCGCGGACACUACUGACAAUCCUGAACCUACUAAGGUGCCUUUAGUUAACGAAGCCAUUUCGCAGAGAGACAACACUCCAAUGAGACUAGAAACCCCAGAAGGUGACCCUGGUGUCAAGACCCCACCCAGACAACCACUCCAAGAAAUUUUGACCGAUAACAAGACACCACCAUCGCAAAUACGACAACAGGGCAGGAAUAUACAAACCCCGCCUAAGCAACCUUCUCCACAACCUGGUUGUUCUUGGAUGGUCGAUAGGCCCUCGAAUUUUGCAACAACUCCAGAACAAAUAAUGCCAGUGCCUAAGGAGAAUAGAACAAGCAAAAGAGUUAGUAAGCAACGAGGGAAAACAGCAAUCAUCACAGAAUCACCGUACAAAAACGAGCUUCUAGCCAUAAAAAAGACCGCAGAACUAAAAGAACAGAAAAAGAGGGUAGCUAAAGAUUUGAAAUUGAAAUCCAUCAAACAGAAGAAGAGAAAGGUGUUAACAAAGAAAGGCAGCAAAAGCUCUGCAGAAGAAUAUGCUGAUGCUGAAGAUGCUGAAUGCAUCUAUUGUGGUUACUUGUGGUCAGAGUCAACCGAGGGAUGGAUACGUUGUCUAAAAUGUUCUCGAUGGGCACACUACUCUUGUGCUGGAGAGGAUGAAAAAGAUGAAGAGGCUACUCAUUUAUGUGCGUUGUGCAUUGAAAAC